UCAGACAGGCUACCGUUUGCUCUAAUCUGCACAGAGACCGUCUCUUAAAUGUUAAGCCAGGUUGUCUUUUUGUGGCGUGGGGUGUUUAUUUGAGAAAGCGCGACGUGCAUGCUCGACACAAGACAAGCAUAACACGGGAUAUGCCUUUAGGGAGCUGAGGUAUCAACACUUAUUCAUGAGGUCAAGAUGAGGUGGCUUUCCAGUCCAGAGACAUGGGAGGGGCCUCCAAUCCUGCCUGCUCAUCAAAGCCCCCCGUGAAGAAGAAUGGCCACCAGACACGCUCAUCUCUAGGACGACCUUUCCUGUCCAAUCUGUGGACACAUCCUCAGUCAGCCUGUGGUGCUCACUUGCAGACACAGGUUCUGUAAAGCCUGCCUGAAAGACAGCCGGGGGACACAAGGCAGUGGAGAUUCACACAGCUGUCCUCUGUGCGGGCGCCGGUCCUCCAUGGAGCAGAUCGUGAUGAGCGCCAUGCUGGACAAGUCCUGCCAAUCCUUCAAGGAGGACAGAAGCCAUAAUGACCCAGAGGCUUGUAAGGAGCACGGGGAAAAGCUCACGUUGUUCUGUCUGGAGGACUUGGAGCCAAUCUGUGGUGUAUGUGGGAAAGCAGUUGAACACAAGGGGCACAGGCUCUAUCCCAUUGGGGAAGGUGCUCAUGACUGUAAGGAGGAACUGAAGAACGCGCUGCUGACUUUGAAAGAGAAACUGCAGCUGUGCAGGAAGGCGAAAACGGUCUGUGAGGAAAUGGCAGAACAUGUCAAGAGCCAGGUUGAACACACCGAGACACAGAUCAGAGAGGAGUUUGACGCCCUUCACUGCUUCCUGAAGGAGCUGGAGGCCGCCAGACUCUCGGCUUUGAGGGCCGAGGAGGAUCAGAAGAAUCUGAUGGUCAACCAGAGGUUUGAGGAGAUGAACAAUGAAAUUUCAUCUCUGUCCAACACCAUCAGAUUAGUGGAGCAGGAGAUGAACUCUAAAGACAUCCCAUUUCUUAAGAAUUACAAGGAAACAAUAAAAAGAACCUGGCGACCUUCUGCUGAUCCACAAAUGGUUUCUGGUGGUCUGAUUGAUGUGCCCAAGCACCUGGGCUCUCUGAAAUAUAAAGUGUGGGAGAAGAUGAAGAGCAUCAUUAAAUAUAAUCCUGUGAUUCUGGAUCCAAACACAGCAGCCAGCUGCUUCAUCCUCUCAGAGGAUCUCACAGUCGUGCAGAACUCCACCCAGAUUUUCAAGCUGCCAGACAACCCAGAACGCUUCGACAUCAGCGCCGAGAUGCUGGCCGCCGAGGGCUACACCUCUGGACGCCACAGCUGGGACGUGGAGGUGAAGGACAACACCUACUGGGUGGUGGGAGUAGCCAGCGACUCCAUCAACAGGAAGGGCAAGCACGUGCUGACGCCAGCAGAGGGAUUCUGGACGAUAAGGUUUCGCAACGCAGAGCACAAGGCCUGCACGGCACCAUGGGAGCCGCUGAACAUGACGAAGAAGCCAGAAGUGAUCAGAGUAGUUUUAGACAUGGACAGAGGCAAGGUGACCUUUUACGACCCCGGAGAGAGGGCGCCUCUCUACACCUUCAUAGGUGUCGUCACACCCAGAGCCUAUCCCUACUUCUGCUCUGCCUGCAAAGAGCAUCCACUGAAGCUCCUUCCCACAAGGAUACUCUUGUCAAUAGACUAAUUCACAUUGAAGACACGUUACCAAACAUUGUUUAUAUAAAUAUAAUCCAAUGAAAGAAAUCAAGGGCUUGUGAAGGUGAUAUUUUUUUUCUUUUGCAAGAGACGAUUGUGGGGAAUUACAGCACUACAUUGCCAAAAAAGCAGAAAAAAAUGUAGCUCUUAAAAGUUCUCUAUACGAUACCUAGAGCAUUAAUAUAACAGCAAACAACUAUUUUCUAUGUAAAGAUAUAGAGGAGUAAUGUCUACCUGAGCAGAGAAUGAAGUCGCUCUCCCUCUGUGUGUGUUGUAAUCCUCGCUUCUCCUCGCUUUGUUGAACAGCCGGGCCGGCCGCGCAUCCCUUUUACUGCAUGUGAGCGUGCCCCACUGGCUAGCUCACGCCCGCUAUUCUGCUCUGCUCUUACAACGGCAGUUACAGAUGAUAACGCUGUCCCGACCGAUGGCAUCAUCGCAGAAAUGUAGCGCCCACCCUCCGGUUCCCAACCAGGUUAACACAGUUAGGAUCUGAUCACACAGACGCGUCGCUACAGGUGUGGGCAAAGUGCGUCGGGCAAAACUGCGAGCUGCGCCUGUGGAGCGGGGCUGCGUGCUUGCAACCGGGCGAUCAAAUGUGAUUAUUGGGAAAAUGUGGUCUCUCUCUGUCACUCUCUCAAAGACAGUAGCCUACAUAAUACAUGUUGUGAUGUUGAGAGCAGCGCAGAGGAAAUUGAACUGCUCCCAAUCUCACAUUUAGCACCUUUAAGUUUUUUUAAUGAAUGACACGAAACAGAAAUGUUUUAAAAUAUUUAAUUUGAGUUACAACAAAAAAAAAAUGUAGUCUGGGAGUUUUUGAAAUUGUAAAUAGCUGCAACACCAAUAUAUUACUACACUGAUAAGAUUUGUUACAUAAAAUGACAGUCACUAUGUGUGACUCAGCUUUGCAUGACACAAAAUCACUACUGUGAUUUUCACAAUCUUUUGAGUUCCUCUCCAACAAAAGCAUAAAAACAUUUGAAACAGAUCUGAUGUUUCAUAUAAGGCACAUUAGAGUAACUCUUGUGUAUUUGCAAACCUGUGCCAGUGUUGCUCAGAGGUUCAAACAUGACAAGUGAGGUUAGUUUUCCAUUGCAUUUAAAAAAGACUCUAUGGUUAGUGUUUUCUCUAGUAGCCACAUGUACUGCAUGUUGGAGUCUGGUCUUAAAAACACACAUCAUUAACUUCAUAGCUUCACACUCAAGUAUUGCUUAAACCUACAAAGACCUACUGUAUACUUGCAGCAUAUUUCAUAAAUGGGAAUAUACCCUGUAACAGUUUGACUUGAUGCUACCCCACGCUGUCCUAACCACAUUACUGUAAUGUGUAUCCUACUUCAUAUGGGUUGUGUGGGAGAUACCCACUCUAUGUGCGGUGAUGCUCAAAGGCUUUUUGAGGUGUUCAUUUAAUAAUUAAAAACAUGUUAUUAAAAGGGAAUAAAUGCCCUCACAUUA